CAGGAGGAUAGCUAGCACGGAGAGGAGGGGACAGUAACUUCAGCACCCACCCGGGGGUAAACAGCGACAAGGCCACCCAAGUGCGGCACACUAAUCGUUUUAGUCAGAACUAGGUGCUUUUCAGUUUUAACAGUUAUCGAUGUUUGUAGAUAUUUUCCCCUAUGAUUGUCACGUUAGUAAGGAGGAGGUGAAUUCUCGCCGCCGCCAUCUUUGGAAACUGAUUGGGAGGAGUGGAGAACUUCGUUGGCUGACUGGUUUAUUAACCCAGCUAUUGACUCGAGUCAGUUUGUUGCGCCCUUCCUUGCCUUGUUGGACAUUUGCUUCCUGUUAUUCUACCUGAACCUGGCCUCUGACAGGUGCCCAUGCUCCGGCCCCUCUGGCUCCUCCCCACUGGCAGAUGAGUUGUCAGCUGCUCUGGCGUAGACACAGCUGCGCUCCAACGGCCAGAUAGUCUGCUGGCCCCUCCUCCUUCCCCCGCCCUGCCGGGAGACGGCAAACUACAUUACCCAGCAUGCCCUCCACUGUGCGGGCGGGCAGUCUGAAGGACCCGGAUGUAGCCGAGCUGUUCUUCAAGGAAGACCCUGAGAAACUGUUCUCUGACCUCAGAGAGAUAGGUCAUGGCAGCUUUGGAGCAGUCUACUUUGCGCGGGAUGUGCGAACUACCGAGGUGGUGGCCAUCAAGAAGAUGUCCUACAACGGGAAACAGUCCAACGAGAAAUGGCAGGACAUCAUAAAAGAGGUGAAGUUUCUCCAGAGGAUUCAACAUCCCAACAGCAUAGAGUACAAGGGCUGCUACCUACGAGAACACACAGCAUGGCUGGUGAUGGAGUACUGUCUGGGCUCUGCUUCUGAUGUUCUAGAAGUUCAUAAAAAUCCCCUUCAGGAAAUGGAGAUCGCUGCCAUUACCCACGGAGCUUUGCAGGGGUUGGCCUACCUUCACUCCCACAACAUGAUUCACAGAGACAUCAAGGCUGGUAACAUCCUCCUGACGGAGCCAGGACAGGUCAAGCUCGCUGACUUUGGCUCCGCCUCCAUUGCCUCGCCAGCCAACUCUUUUGUGGGGACUCCAUAUUGGAUGGCCCCAGAAGUGAUCUUGGCCAUGGACGAGGGCCAGUAUGACGGGAAGGUGGACGUCUGGUCCCUGGGGAUCACCUGUGUAGAACUAGCGGAGAGAAAGCCUCCUCUGUUCAAUAUGAACGCUAUGAGUGCCUUAUACCACAUAGCGCAGAAUGAGAGCCCUACGCUGCAGUCCAGCGACUGGACGGAUUACUUUAGAAACUUUGUUGAUUCCUGCCUUCAGAAAAUCCCCCAGGAUAGACCCAAGUCUGACCAUCUACUAAACCAUGCGUUUGUCCAACGGGAGCGUCCGGACUCUGUUCUGAUGGAUCUGAUCCUGAGGACCAAAGAGGCGGUCAGGGAGCUGGACAACCUGCAGUACCGUAAGAUGAAGAAGAUCCUGUUCCAGGAGGCUCACAACGGACCACAGGCUGAGACACAGGAUGGAGACGAGGAGGUGGAGCACGGUGCAGGUCGUACAGACACAGUGAACAGUGUGGGCAGUAACCAGUCCAUCCCCAGUAUGUCUAUCAGCUCCCAGAGCAGCUCAGUCAACAGUCUGAAUGAAGCAGCACAGGACGACCGCAGUGAACUGGACCUGAUGGAGGGAGACCACACGGUCAUGUCCAACAGCUCUGUCAUACACCUCAAACUGGAGGAAGAGGGGGGUAACCAUGGUGACCCAGAGGUGCAGGGCCAUCCCACCGAGCCCCCGGCCGCUCAACCCCCAAGGAAACACUACAGAGAACGCAACAGAGAACACUUCGCUACCAUACGCACUGCCUCACUGGUGACUCGUGAGAUGCAGGAGCACGAGCAGGACAGUGAGCUGAGGGAGCAGAUGUCUGGCUAUAAGAGGAUGAGGCGGCAGCACCAGAAGCAUCUGAUGGGUCUGGAGAACAAGCUGAAGGCUGAGAUGGACGAGCACCGGCUCCGUCUGGACAAAGAGCUGGAGAGCCAGAGGAACAGCUUCGCCCAGGAGAUAGAGAAACUGGUCAAGAGACACCAGGCUGCUAUGGAGAAAGAUGCAAAGACAUUUAACAACGAUGAGAAGAAGUUCCAGCAGCACAUUCAGGUCCAACAGAAGAAAGAACUCAGCAGCUUCCUGGAGUCUCAGAAACGAGAGUACAAACUUCGCAAGGAGCAGCUUAAAGAGGAGUUGAGUGAGAACCAGUCAACCCCUAAGAAGGAGAAGCAGGAGUGGCUGUCCAAGCAGAAGGAGAACAUCCAGCACUUCCAGGCUGAGGAGGAAGCCAACCUGUUGAGGAGACAGAGGCAGUACCUGGAGCUGGAGUGUCGACGCUUCAAACGGAGGAUACUCAUCGCCAGGCACAACGUGGAGCAGGACCUGGCACGGGAGGAGUUGAAUAAGCGUCAGACCCAGAAGGACUUGGAGCAUGCCAUGCUGCUCAGACAUCACGAGUCGAUGCAGGAGCUGGAGUUCAGACAUCUGGGAACCAUCCAGAAGAUGAGGGCGGAGCUUAUCAGGACACAGCACCAGACAGAACUGACCAAUCAGCUGGAGUACAACAAGAGGAGGGAGAGAGAGCUGAGACGCAAACACGUCAUGGAGGUCCGACAACAGCCCAAGAGUUUAAAGUCUAAGGAGCUGCAGAUUAAGAAGCAGUUCCAGGACACGUGUAAGAUCCAGACACGUCAGUACAAGGCCCUGAGGAACCACCUGUUGGAGAGCACUCCCAAGGCCGACCACAAGGCGGUGCUCAAGAGGCUGAAGGAGGAGCAGACCAGGAAACUGGCCAUCCUGGCCGAGCAGUAUGACCACUCUAUCAACAACAUGCUGUCCACACAGGCUCUGCGAUUGGACGAGGCCCAGGAAGGGGAGUGUCAAGUGCUGAGGAUGCAGCUGCAGCAGGAGUUGGAGCUGCUGAACGCCUACCAGAGUAAGAUCAAGAUGCAGACAGAAGCCCAGCACGACAGAGAGAGGAAGGAUCUGGAGCAGAGAGUGUCGCUCCGCAGGGCUCUUCUGGAACACAAGAUUGAGGAGGAGAUGCUGUCUCUGCAGAAGGAGCGUGUGGAGCGUAUCAGGUCCCUGUUGGAGCGCCAGGCCAGAGAGAUAGAGGCCUUUGACUCAGAGUCCAUGAGACUAGGCUUCAGCAACAUGGUCCUGUCUAACCUGCAGGGCUCUGGCUCAGACACACAGGGCAGCCCAGGGGGGUCCGGACUGUCUCAUCAUGGUCACAGCCACCACCAGGGGGGGACCAGCUCCCAGCAGCCGUGGGGUCACCCUGUGCUCGCUGGGGGUCCCCCUCCCUGGAGCCUGCAUCAGCCCUCUGGGGGAGGGAGUCAGAGGGGGAGUGUGGGAGGGGUGGUGGGGGGGGCCAAGAACAGCCCCCAGGCUAUGAGGAGGGCGUCGACAUCAGGAGGGGGGCGGAGCGAACAGGCUAUGAGCAUGAGCGCCAGCAUCACCUCUCAGAUCUCCAACGGAUCACACCUGUCAUACACCUAGACACACACACCUAGACACACACACACACACACACACACACACCUAGACACACACCGAGACACACACACACACACCGAGAGACACACACACGCACCUAGACACACACACACACACCUAGACACACACACACACACACACCUAGACACACACAAACACCUAGACACACACACACACACCUAGACACACACAAACACCUAGACACACACACACACACCUAGACACACACACACACACACACCUAGACACACACACACACACACACACACACCUAGACACACACACACACACACACACACCUAGACACACACACACACACACCUAGACACACACACACACACCUAGACACACACACACACACCUAGACACACACACACACACACCUAGACACACACACACACACCCAGACACACACACACACACACACCUAGACACACACACACACACACACCUAGACACACACACACACACACACCUAGACACACACACACACACACCUAGACACACACACACACACACCUAGACACACACACACACACACCUAGACACACACACACACACACACCUAGACACACACACACACACACACCUAGACACACACACACACACACACCUAGACACACACACACCUAGACACACACACACACACACCUAGACACACACACACACACACCUAGACACACACACACACACCUAGACACACACACACACACACACCUAGACACACACACACACACACACCUAGACACACACACACACACACACACACACACACCUAGACACACACACACACACCGAGACACACACACCUAGACACACACCGGGACACACACACACACACACACACACACACACACACACACACACACACACACACACACACCUAGACACACACACCUAGACACACACACCUAGACACACACACACACACCUAGACACACACACACACACCUAGACACACACACACCUAGACACACACACACACACCUAGACACACACACACCUAGACACACACACACACCUAGACACACACACACACCUAGACACACACACACACCUAGACACACACACACCGAGAGACACACACACACACCUAGACACACACACACCGAGAGACACACACACACACACCUAGACACACACACACCUAGACACACACACACACACACACACACACACACACACACACACACACACACACCGAGACACACACACACACCGAGACACACACACACACCGAGACACACACACACACCUAGACACACACACACACACACCUAGACACACACACACACACCUAGACACACACACAGUCACACCUAGACACACACACAGUCACACCUAGACACACACACACACCUAGACACACACACACACCUAGACACACACACACACACACCUAGACACACACACACACACACACCUAGACACACACACACACACACCUAGACACACACACACACACACACCUAGACACACA